AAUACCUAACACGGAUUUCUCUGCCACUUUCAAAAGAAGAUUUCAGAUUCUCAUAGGAAAAAAAGGGGGAGAAACCAUCUUUUUGUAUGGAAUUUUGGGUCCAUUUUGCUUUCCAUGGAUGAAUAGAACAAAGUUGCAUUUGCUUUAAACGAUUCCUUUCUAGGUAAACCCAUAUCUUCUUCUUUCUCUUAUUCUAAUUUUCAGCUCAAGAAAAGUUUUCCAUUAAUCAUCCUUGAAGUCUAUUUUGCUCAGUUCAUUUCCGAUCAUCUCCGCGACUGCUUUUAAACAGAACAAGGCAUAAAUAGAUACCGAGAAAUAUGGGUAGUCCUGCUGAGCCAAAGAGAAGGGUGGCAUUCGUGUUGAUUGACGGACUUGGAGACGUAUCAAUACCAAAGCUUGGGUGUAAGACUCCCCUGCAGGCAGCCAAUGUUCCAAACUUGGAUGCUAUAGCAUCAGCUGGAGUGAAUGGUCUCAUGGAUCCCGUGGAAGUAGGUUUGGGUUGUGGGAGUGACACUGCUCACCUGUCUCUGUUGGGCUAUGAUCCCAGAGUAUAUUACCGAGGGCGUGGUGCUUUUGAGUCCAUGGGAGCUGGGUUGGCAAUGUCACCUGGAGAUAUUGCAUUCAAGUCAAAUUUUGCAACUCUGGAUGAGAAAACUGGCAUAGUUACGAGUAGGAGAGCUGACAGGCAUUUUGAAGAAGAGGGGCCUAUCCUUUGUAGUGCCCUGGAAAGAAUGAAGCUCCCAUCUUUUCCUGAGUAUGAAGUAAGAGUCAGGUAUGCUACAGAACACCGAUGCGGAGUUGUUGUUAAAGGGCCAAGACUCAGUGGAAAUAUAUCAGGAACUGACCCAUUGAAGGACAAUCGCUUACUUCUGGAAGCCAAAGCUUUAGAUGACACAGAUGAAGCAAGACACACAGCUGCAGUUGUUAACGAAUUAUCCAGGGAGAUAUCGAAGAUACUGGUGUCUCACCCGUUGAACACAAAGAGAUUAGCAGAAGGGAAGAAUGUUGCCAAUGUUGUCCUUCUAAGAGGCUGUGGUAUUCGAAUUGAGGUUCCUCCAUUUGAAAAGAAACACGGCUUGUGGCCUUGCAUGGUGGCUCCCACAAAAAUUAUUGCAGGAUUGGGUCAAUCACUUGAUUUCGAUAUCCUAGAAGCUCCUGGAGCAACCGGAGACUAUCGAACACUUUUGACUUCAAAAGCAAUUGCCAUAGCUAAGGCACUCUCUGCUCCUUCACAAACUUGUCCUAGUGUUUUCGUACCAGGGGAGGAUGAACACAAGCCUGGCAGAUCAGAUGGCUAUGAUUUUGGAUUUCUCCAUAUUAAGGCAAUAGAUGAUGCAGGUCAUGAUAAAGCAACUGUUUUCAAAGUAAAAGGAUUGGAAGCUGUGGAUCAAGCUAUAGGACAGCUGGCCAAGCUCCUGUGGCAAACCGAAUCGACUGGAAAUUUUCAAUAUUUCAUUUGUGUCACCGGUGAUCACUCUACACCCGUCGAAUAUGGAGAUCACAGUUUUGAACCAGUUCCAUUUACAAUAUGCCAGUUGAAAGAUUUAGUGGGUGCCGUUGGGGGGGCGUCCGUUGUUUUGGAAACUUCUCUGGAUCCAUUUCCUCUUCCGACUGUUAAGGCUGAUGAAGACAUUGCUUCAGAAAAGGGGGGGAAAUGCAAGCAAAUUCAAUCAUUUUCCGGAGAUUCGGUUUUUGAGUUUAACGAGAUUGCUGCGGCCAGGGGAUCUCUUGGACGGUUCCCUGGUGGAGAGAUGAUGGGGAUUAUAAAGAGGUUUCUUAAAUCAAAUGCACGACUUUCAUAACCUCUCAGCGUCUGAAUAAGGUACUUCUUAUCCGAAAAAUAACCAUAUGAUGUUGAAUGCUCUUGAACCAUCAACAAUCCUGAAUGCUCCUGCAUUCUGACAUCAAGUACCGGAUAUAGACUGCUGUCGUCGAUAACUGUUCUUGUUUUGUGAGCAAAAUAAGUAUUGUAUUUUCAGGGUAUACAUUCGAUUUUUUUGCACGUCAAAGCUGAAUCAUCCACAUUAUUGUUUUAAGGGGAAAAUAAAAUAAACUACGGAUCCUGACUUAUAAUU